AAUGGACCAAUUAGAUCAGGUGAGAAUAUCUAUUUUGGUGUUAGUUGAAUGAGGGCAUUGUCUUCUGCAGUCUCCUUCACAUCACUUUAAUGUAUCUUUUUUGGAUAGUUCUAAGAGUCACUUAUUUCUAGCCAAGUUGGUCUCAAACUGCCUGAGUUGAGUAAAUGUAUUGCAUAAGUGCAUUUUCUCAAGGAAAAAAAAAACAUGGAUAAAUAGAUAAACUAUUAAGAUUACAAUUGGAUGGGUGGAAAAAUGUAAUAUGAAAAUAUAAUUUAUGAUGCAAAGAAAAAUUUAAAAAGUUGGACAUGACACUUUUUAACAAAAGAAUUUAAAAAAAAUCCAAAAUCAGAAUUUUCUUUCAUUCUUUUAAACAGUCUUUAGGGGCCCAAAUGUUGAAAAUAACUGAAAUGGGUCUAGGGAUAUGUUGGAAGCGGCUGCUUGUCUUUUUUUCUUUACAAAUAUGGUCUUGAACUUAAAGUGGAAAAUGUUAUGUUGUGAAGGUAAAUGUUUACUUUCUAUGAACACAUAGAAACGUUUGUUGUAGUGCUCUUUAGAGAGCAAACCUUGUUAAUAUCUGACCUAUUAAAUGUUGAAAAUAUUCUUGAGAGCUACCGAUUACGGAUGAAUUGUAGUACAUUUAAGUAAACAUGGGAUUAUCAUUGUCACCAAAACAUACACUAUAUCUGCUAAUUAUUUAGUGACAGUGAAAACCUCAGAAAAACAAAUCUAUUUCUCCUACUUUCACGACUUGAACUAAAACACCAGUGACUAUUGUUCCAACUCGGAACCCGGGUCAGCGCGUUCUGUCAACUUUUUUUGUUUCUCGGCUGUAUGAAAUUUCGAUUUUAAAAAACACCUCGAACGCACCAGACGUUAAGCUUUUAUUGCGAAAGUCAGAAAACCGGAAGUGCAAUUUGCCCCUGAGUAGCAUGGAGGCAUGACGCCGGUGAGCUGAGUAGGCACUUUAAACCGUAGAGAGGAAAGAGGAAAGCCACGCCAGGAAAGAUCCACAACGCUAGAGAAUGGAGGUAUCAAGUCGAAGAGUCCUACUGAGGCACCUGGAGCCAGCGAGGCCUCUGCGCCGCUGCGUCCAUGUUAAUGUUGAGCCACAAAUAAAUGCUGCAGCAGGUGAACAGCCCUUGAUGGAGCAGGAGAGUACUGUUGGCAUAGAGCAGUUUUUGAAGAUUUUCAAUCUUCACAAACAGAAAAAAGUAGAAAGAAUAUCUUACACAAGAGACUUUUUAAUUGGUUUGGCCGGCUGCCCUGAAGCCAAGAAGAGGCCAGAAUACCUACCGGACCACCCCAUUGUGUUACCCGAGGCAAGGGAUCCAGGCCAGCAAGAGCUGGGAGUAACACAAUGGAAUGGUGUAAAAGAAGAUGUAUGAGAUGCCAGCAAGGCCUUCCACAUCUUGAGAAACUUGCACAAGUGAUGUUUACAGCAAAUAGGUUUUGCACUGUGUUGAUUGCUUCUCUGCUUUAAUUUAUUUUAACCUAUAACAUUACUGUUUGCAUGUUACUUUCAAGUUUUUUUGACGCCUUUUUGCUGUGUGAAAUGUUUGUUUUAUCUUGUCUGUUUCAAAAAAGGCUCUAAACAGCAAGGCAAAUUUGCCAAUAUUUCUUUCUGACCUGAUGUAAAGUGUAACUUUUGAACUUCAUGUAAUUCAGCAGAAAAUAUUGGAUUGAGUAAUUCGUUGAUAUUGUCUAUAUGUACGACACAUGCAAAAAUACUGUUGUUUGCAUUAAAGAACAAAAAAACAA